GAAAUGACGUCAUUACGAGAAUUGCCAGACGACAAACGUCAAGUGACAAAUACGGAAGGAUGCCGCUUUAUUCCAGUCCUCAAGUCGUUUCAGAUUCUAGACCGGAAUUAUAUGAAGAAGUUCGAUUGCACAGAACUGCAAGAGAAAGAGAAAAGUAUGAUAACAUGGCCGAUUUAUAUGCUGUCAUUAACACACUUCAAUGUUUAGAAAAAGCAUAUAUUAAAGACAGUGUUACUCCAAAAGAAUAUACAGCUGCAUGUUCAAAACUAUUAGUACAAUAUAAAGCAGCUUUUAAACAGGUCCAAGGAGAUGAAUUUCCAACUGUUGAAUCAUUUAUGAAGAAGUUUAGGUUGGAUUGUCCUGCUGCAAUGGAGCGAAUCAGAGAAGAUCGCCCCAUUACUAUCAAAGACGAUAAGGGUAAUACAAGUAAAUGUAUCGCAGAUAUUGUAUCACUUUUUAUAACUAUAAUAGAUAAACUGAGAUUGGAGAUAAGAGCUAUGGACGAGCUUCAACCCGAUUUGAAAGAAUUAAAUGAAACGAUGAGUAGAUUAAGCUUGAUAAAGGAAGACUUUGAAGGAAGAGUUAAAGUCACCGAAUGGUUGAAAACUAUGUCUUCGAUGACUGCAUCGGAUCAGCUGAAUGAAAGUCAAGUGCGGCAGCUGAUUUUUGAUUUGGAAUCCUCUUACAAUGCCUUCAAUCGACUUCUCCAUGAGAGUUAAAGCAAUGUAUUUUUUUUUUUUUUUUUAUUAAUCACACAAAUUUAUAAAAUUUAAUUACAAACUUACACUUAUUUCUAAUUCUAUUCAAGAACUUUAAUGUUAAAUUGCUGACAUCCACGUAUUUGUCGAGCAGUUCGAACAUGUAUAUAAUCAGUACAAGAUUGAUUAAAAUUAUGUAAAUAUUGUCUAAAAA